AUGAUCCAUUUGCACCCCUACUACUACUUUCAUGCAAUGGGAUUGGAUUUUGGAAGAAGACUGACUUACCCGGUCCCGAUUUGGAGCCAAUUCGAAGCACUUCCCUAUCAGCCCGGUCAGUAUAACACAUUGGCGUCGCCCGAUUGGAGGUUUAGGGAUUUUGGCAUCGCGGCUUCCCCUUUCUUCUCCCCUCUCCUCUCCUCCACCUCCGCCAUCUCUCACUCUAUAUAUUCUAGGUGUUUAGGUUUGAGUCCGGGUCUAUCUAAUCCCGAAUCCGACCCAAUCCGUUGGCCUUUUGCCCUUCUCCGGCCAAGGGAAGAAGCGAUCUCAGAACCAAAGGGGGAAUGGAGGGCGGCGGCCGCGGCCGCGGCCGCGGCGUCCGUGGACUCGAAGGACUUACAGCAGCAGAGCAAAGCCCUCGACAAGCUCACCGACCGCGUCGAAGACCGCCAGCUCGAUUCCAGCCGCGUCCAGAGUGAUGUAGGAAAGAAAUUUCAGGAUUGCACCUCAAGGAUGGAACCAUCUCAGUGUUUCUUUGCACAUGAGAUUAUUAAGAACAUAGACACCCCACUCUUUAUUCUCAACCCAGCAUACGAUGUUUGGCAGAUACAACAUAUAUUGGCUCCAGAAUCAUCUGAUACUCAACAAUCAUGGCAAAGGUGCAAGCUGAACAUUUACAAUUGUGAUUCCAACCAGAUUGAAUCUCUCCAAGGAUUCAGGGUUGCCUUGCUUAAUUCCUUGAGUGAUUUUCAGCAUAACAGGAAUGGGGGCAUGUUUAUAGAUUCUUGCUUCGUAAAUUGUCAGACAAUAAGCAAUAUCACAUGGCACUCUCCAAAUUCUCCAAAAAUUAAUAAUAAGACUUAUAAAUUAUAAUUGUGCAGACAUGAGGAAGAGCAAAGGGAAAGCAACAGCUAUGGCCAAGAAAAAAGGAAAACCAAGAGGUAAUGGAAAAGCAGCUUUAAUACUGGCUGCUACUCAAGUUCCUCCUCAACCUCCUAGGUUGCCUGAGCGUGUCGAGGAAUGUCAUGAUGAUGAUGAUUACAAUCCUGAUGGGGACAUGAAUGAAGAGGUGGAUACAAAUGGAGAAAUAAAUGAUGAAGAAAUGAAUGGUGCAGUGCAAAAUCAUGAAGAAAUGGCAAGAGGAGGUUCUUCAAAAGAUGAGAGAAGAGAUUGGCUUUGGACCAAGGCAUGCAGAUCAGGGGAGUAAUGGUGAUUCUGGUUCUGCUGAUCAUGCUUCAUUAUGAUUGCUUUUGCCUUAGAUGAUAGGUCUUUGCAUUCCUAGGAAGAAUGAAAUCUCUGUUGAUCUCUAU